GACCAGCCGAGGUGCAAUAUUCAACCCCGCACUGUAACCAUUCAGGACCCGGACUCUGACCUCCCAACAUGCUGUCAAGGAAUAUUCUCAUCCUCUGCUCCCUGGGAGUCCUACUGGUGAAGGCCGACCUUGAAGCAGGCACUGAUCCUCAAGCCAUGUCCACAGACCAGGACUCCACCUCAGACGAGGCCCCCACCGAGAGCAUGAAUGCUGUCUUCCCCCAUCUGCCCAACGAUGAACCACAGUAUUACAAUGGAGGAACUACAGAUUUGAGCAGCACAAGUGCAGAGGCAGGGGGCAAUGGUCAAAAACUCAAUGACGUACAUGCAGCAGAUUCCACUAAAACCAGCACUGAGGAACAGGAUGAAAACGAGAGUGCAGACUCUGAUGAAGCUGUGAAAAACGUCCCCGUUCAACACUCGGCAAAGUCUCAAAAGCCGGCAGCAGCUGUAGGCAAACGACGCAAGCCGGCCACCACAAAGAGAAGAUCUCGGCCCCGCCGCCACAUAUGAGGUGUCCGUGUCCGAGGCAGACGUUGGAUCGAAUGGCUUUGGCUACGGCAGUCAAAUAUGGAAGAUGAUACUGUAUACUCUCAGAGGCAUUUGUGUCUGAGGAACCUUGAAUUAGAGAACCGACGGUGUGAUAUUUUGUAGCCAUCAAGGGAACACUGAAGCAUGCACAUGCACAUGCACACACACACAAACACACACACAUUCACACAGUCUGUUCUCAUAGUCACUCCUUUUCUACUCAGUCUCAUACAAUACAUCUGUAUAUCUCAUAAUGCUCAAAAACAUUUCCAAAGAUCCAUUUUAUCUCAGAGUCAAGGCUGUUUUUUUUUUUUAUCUGUAGCCUGAAUAGAUUCCUUCUGAGCAGUAAUUGCAAUUCAGAUUUGAAACCAAGAGAUGGCAAUAUCGAGUUGUGAGCAUAAGGCACUUUAACGGCCUGGUGAAUUCACUUCAUGUUUCCAAAGCUCAUACAGUCACUAAGCUCUCACUUUUAUACACACUUCCCUCUAUAAGCAGCACACUAAACACUAAAUUCAGACUUGACUAACUUACAUUGGUGCUGGCAACCUGAAGAUUCUUAUGCUCAGCUUUAAUAUAUAUCUAUAUGUUUAAUACACAGACGGUAGAUUAAAUAAUGCUUACACAAUGACAGUGUUUCAAUGAAAAGUUUGUCUCUCUUUUAUUGAAAAUCAUUUUUAUACACCAAGUAUUUAACAUUUUGAAAUAAUGUUUUCAAAGA